GAGCUCCGUGAUUGGACAACCAGUGGUAUUCACGUGUAAGUUGUAUCUCCUCGUCAAGGCUGUUUCAUUGUAAAAUAGGGGUGGUUAUCCUUUUCGGGUGAAUUAUGAAUUUAUUUCUUUUCUCAGCUAUCGUGUUUGAAGGAUUCUUAUUUUCAGAGAAGUUUGGUUAUAUUGAGGCUUAUUUUGUUAGAUUUCCUUCAUGACUUUACAAUAUAGUAUUUUUCAUGUUACGAAUUGAUUAGUUCCCACAGCGUACCGGUACGGAUCAUGCGUACGGGUACACGCAUAGCACUUGCAACAUACAUUUCUCGAUCAUAUAUUUCGCCGCACGAAAGAAAUAGCCGAGACUGUUGGAAGAAACUCUCGACAAAAGAGAUAUUUUGGUGAAUUUGAAGACUUCUUCAUGGAAGAUAUACAUCCAUACUGAUUCGACUCAUUAUUGCUUUCCAAAAUGACUCUGAUUGUGAGCUUCAGAACUGGUCUGCCAUUAUGCUGACAGCAUCCACAUUUCCUGGAACAUAAUUUCUGAAAACUGUUGGACAUGCCUGCCAGAGUCCCGGUGCUUGGAGCGAUACAUGUUUGUGACAUGCCUGUAGACACAAUACUUUUAAGUUCCAGUCCACCAGGGCUUGGCUGCUUCCCUACAGCAAAUUCUUUGGGAUAUUACCAUCAGAGAGUUCCUCCAACUGGCGGGAUUAGGAUGGGUAUUGGAAUGAGAGGAGAUCUUCUGAUGCAAAUGCAGCGAGAUAGAAGGAGGCUACCACUUCGCUCGUGCAUCAAGAGUAAAACCGUAACAAAAACCCCAUCAGAUGCCGCUGAAAAUCACAAGAAUAGUCUAGAGACUCUGGAUAAUGUGACCAGAAAUUUUCUUGGCUUGACGAACGGUAAGGCGGUCUCAAGUCCUGACUUGCGGCGGAUGAAUGAGCUGAUUUCGAAAGCUGAAAAUUUCUGUCAUGGGAAAGAGAAAAAGAAGGUAUCUUUUGCAGAUGCUCAGGGACUUUCCCUCCAGACUGUGAAGUACAUGGAUGGGCCAAGCAAUAUGCCUCCAAAGUUUUGCAUUCAAUUACUCGACGAUGUCAUCCAGAAUGUGGAAGCAAAUCCUACUCACCCGUACACAUACGUGCCUGACUUUGAACAGCCCGCAUCCAACUAUUUGGAGUUUCGCAAGAGGUUAGAGAGCGAGACCGUCUGUCUAGAGAAUGUGAUGAUCAAAGAUAACAUCACAGUAGUGGGGACCAUCAAAGUAAAGAACAUUGCUUUUGAGAAGUCUGUCUUUGUAAGGGCUACAUUUGACGAAUGGAAGACCCACAUAGACAUACCGGGUUCAUAUGUCUACCCAUCUCAAGCAUCAAACUCGUAUGACAAAUUUGAUACUUUCUCUUUCAGUCUUGAUAUGCCACCUAAUCAUGGAGGAAAGAGUGUCGAGUUCUGUGUCUGUUACACUACAAACAAUCUGAAUUUCUGGGAUAGCAACCAUGGCAAUAACUACAAGAUUGUGACAGAUAAGGAGAAGGAUUUUGUAAAAAAUCAAGAACAAGCUUCGUUACAAAACUUAAGUGGGGACCGAUCAUAUGGACAGUUUUCUUACUGGCAAGUUACAAGUCAUGAAGAACGACCAUACUGGUGACACACGGCUGAUAAUUUUUGGAGAUAUAUAAUAAUGAAUAGCAGAAUAGUCCGAAGUGUUUAUCUUUGGAAAUAGAGUAUAUAUUUUUAUGUUUUGAUGCUUGUUGUAAUUUCUACUAGUGGGUAGCACUGAAAUGAAAUAUGGAAUAUUUAUUAUGGUGUUUGAUGAUGAUAAUGAUGUAUGUCAUGAUGUGGUUUUUAUACAGGUUAGAAUAUAUCCUAAACUCAAUUUGGAAAUAAAUCAAUCUUUUAAAGAUUGGGGUGCAAGGAGGCCAUUAUCACCCAGUCACAAUAACUUGUUACAAGUUAUGUAACAUUUUGUUAUGCCUUUUUUUCAAAGAGGGAAUACUAACGUAGAAAUUAAAAUCAAAUUAAAAUUUUUAGGUUUACAAGCAUACACUGUAUAGGGCAAGAGGGUUAAGAUACUUUUCCAAAUUUUGUUUAUCAUUACAACAAUUCACAAAUUUGAAAUGGCAUUUACUCUUGUAAGCUUUAAGUUGACAACUCAAAUUAAAGUCCAACAUAUGUACAUGUAGGGCCUACAUUUCUAGUUUACUGAAAUAUCUCCACAAUAUUUAGUCAGAAAAAAAGUUUGUCUACUACUUAAUGCUAUACAUUCAAUGUACUAAUUGCUUUUAAGCAGUGAUUGUUUGUGCAACAGCAGUGUGAUAUUAGAAUUUAAAAAGCUGUGUGUGUCAUUGAGGAGAUUCUUCUAUUGAGCUUUUAAUUGAUUAUCUGAGGUUGCUUUCUUAAUCUAGCAUUGAAGUCCUACCAGAAAUGUGUAAAUUCAGCAGGUAUUUUCUCUGGUAUCAGCACAUCUACAAUGAACUGUACUUGUUCAACAUUACAUAAUGUACAUGUAGAACAGCUGAUAAUGUUCAAUCUUAUGUUUUAUAUUAAUGAAUAAUGCAUGCCCAUGAGUGCUGGGCAUGGUAAUGUGCUGUGCGCUUCUAUUUAUAGAAUCCAUUGAUCUAUGGUGCAUGUGUAUAGUGAGUGCUGUGUCACCACAAGGUCAGACCCACUAUACCCCCAUGUGUGUCACAUGUACAUGUACAUUGUGUGUGAGUGUCCUGUGUGCCAUAAUGAUAUUCACACAGCUCAUGAAUAUGAAUAGAUAUUCAAAGCAAAGUUGACAGGGCUUUCCUGGACCAUAUCAUAGCAGUCAUGCCAAACGUGGUAGGCCUAAGUUCCUCUAUCUGCUUUUUAAACAUUGCCCCUUUUCAUUAUCAGUUAAACAAUUAGGCCUAUAUCAAGGGUUAAGCUGUAGUCUAGACCUGACAUAUUUCAAUGAAGUUGAAUCCCCUCAUCUACAUGUAUCAGUCCCCUUGCUCUGCUGUGUGAGAGGUUCCUGCAUGUAUAUGAACUGUGAAAGUGUCAGCUUUAUUAACCCAGUAAAUUUAAGAGUUACAACUAUGGUUACUUUACAAUGAUUAUUGAAAGUAUCAUUGAAAUCUUGAUUGUAAUUGGCUGCCUAGUCCCUUGUUACUGUGGUUACCAUGAUAAUGGUAAAGUUCUGACGUGUGAACCCCACCCCCCCCCCCCCCCGAAAAGAAAAGUCAUUGUGAUUUCUUGCAAUGAAUACAUAUUUUGCCUCCCCCUACUUCAGACAAAUUUGGUGGCCCCAAGGUUAAGGACAGCAAUUAAUAAUACUAGUAUCCUCGCUUUGUAUUUUGGCUAUCAUUCAGGUCAUUGUCCUUUUUUCUCUCUCUUUUUUAAUUAUGACAUGUCAAUUAAAAAUACAGAGGUAUUGUCACACUUAAGGACAAGUCCACCCCAAUAAAACAUUGAUUCCAAUAAAAUGAAAAAAAUCCAACAAGCAGAACACCAAAAAUUUCAUCACAAUCGGAUGUAAAAUAAGAAAGUUAUGAUAUUUUGAAUUUUUGCUUUAUUUCACGCAAAUCAGUUAUAUGCCCAUCCUGGUUGGUAUGCAAAUGAGGUUACUGAUGACGUCACCCACUCACUAUUUCUUUUGUAUUUUAUUAUAUGAAAUAUGUUAUAUUCUAAUUUUCUCAUUGUCCUGGGAAACAAUGUUUUGUUCCUCCCUGAACAUGAAGAAUUACAGUUGUUUAACAUCUUAUGGUUCAGACAAGUUGUUCCUUAUUGUCACAUCGCAAAAAAAUGAAAUAUUGUAUAAUUCAAACAGUAAGAAACAAAAGAAAUAGUGAGGGACAUCAUUGACUCUCUCAUUUGCAUAUCACUGAGUUGUGCAUAUAUAAAAGUUUUGUGAAAAAUAAGCGAAACUUUAAAAUGUCAUAACUUAUUUUACAUCUGAUUUUGAUGAAAUUUUCCAGUGUUGUGCUUGUUUGAUUUUUCUCUAUUUAUUCAAAUCAACAUUUUUCUGGGGUGGACUUGACCUUUAACAAAGGAAUUGCAUGUCUGAUUGAUAUUCACUAGAUCUUGAAAUGAACAUUUUCAUUAGGUUACUUUGCCCAGUUAGAAUUAUAAAAAAAGACAUAAUAGAGGUUAGUCAAUGUUGUGAAUUAUUGCUGAAAAUCUCCAUACAUCAUGUAGCUUAUUGCCCUAUACAUCUUGUUAAAAUCUAUUUAGCAAUUUGUCAUUACUCUUUUCGCUGAAAUAAUCAAACGUCUACUGGGCAAUAUUGUGAUGCAAUGUUUACAAAUGUGUAUCUUAAUGCAGUAUGCUCAUGACUGAAUUUGUUUGAGGUAAUUACUCAAUUUCUUUGUCCAUAUAUUUGUCUUAAUGACUGGUUAUAUCAUAUCUGCAAGUUUGCAUGUACAUGUAUGUAUUCACUGUAUUUUGUCAUUUUCAAGUUGGUGGACACACGCGGCGGAUAUCGCUGAAUGAAUUGUAGCUGAAUUUGCAUCUACAGUUAAUGAAACCAAAACCCACAAUAUUGCCAAAUAAUGGUAGUAAACAGACUCUUGCUCUCAUAAUAUUGCAGAUAGAAUAGAAAGUGAAAGCUGUUCAAUUAUGGAAGUCAACAUAUACACUAUUACACUGUGAUCUGUGUAUUCAGGAAGCUUUUUCUUUACCUAUCAGAUGAAAUGUGUUGAACUCUUUAUAUUUGAGUUGAAGUGCAGUCAUUAUGUAUUUGUAAUAAUUUCCAUUUUCCAUUUGUGUUCAUGUAACCUUGUACCCGUUGCGUCACUUCGUGAUAUACAUGUACCAUACAUUUGGGGCAUGUGAUGUUCAUUGAGAUUCGAUGUUGCCCACAAGAAGUGUUGCGUUGGAAAAUUGGUCUUGAUCUUGCCCCCUUAUCAUCAACCUAAUGUAGAUAAAAAAGAACAAAAUGCAGAACAACACAGAAUGAUUUUGGAUUGGAUGAGAUAGGGAGCGAUAUAACAGAAUUUGAGUUACAGAGUAGAAGGGUGACAGGUACAAGCAGCCCUGGUGGCUUUGAUACAUGGAUCAUUAGGCUUGUCGUUUACAAACGUUAAUUAAAAAAAAUGUGAGAGAGCAGAAGGAAACGCUGAAUACCAUUUUUGUAUGCCAUUGUUUAUCCUGUUCAUUUAUAUUAUACUUUAAAGGUAGCAUUUGGUUGGUGUGGUGUCCAUGAGAGCUAUCAUUGCUUAAUCCAUUAACAUGUAUUGUAUGUUUUGUUUUUCACAUCCAAGCAAUAUUUCAUUUAAAUUUCAAUAUUUUUUAUAAAAUUAAUUUGAAUACUAAGCGUUUAGCUUGUUCACUGCAAAGACCUGGGGAGUGGGGACAGCCCAUUUCAUUAAAAUUGCGAGUUACAAUUUACAUCCAAUAAAAAUUGAGGAUAUCACUGUUAUCAUUGAAUAUUCAGCAGACUUGUCAAAAGUUUGUACAACUUUCAAUUUUUUUUGUUCAAUGUUGAUCAUGGUAAAUGUGAAUAUGAUUUGAGUUCAAUACGUUUUGUUUGAACUUCCCAGAAUACUGACUGCCAUUUGCAUGUACUGGUAAAUUACAAUUACAUGUAAAGUGAACUCUGUGAACAUGUACAAUUGUACAUGCCAUUGUCCUUGCAAACAGGUAGACCUAUAUUUUAGAUUCCCUAUUAAUACAAAUGCAUUUUACAUGUACAUCUCUUUUGGGCAAACCACUUCCUCAUUUCAUACAUGAAUAGGUGGUUAUCCACCACCCCAUUUUGUACUGUUAAGUGCUACAUGUAUGUAUAGAGAUUCCUAUUAAUGCAUUUUACGUUGUUUUCACCACCAAAUGUAAAAAGCAAACAUCGUUCAGGCAUAUCAGAGUUCACUGUCGAUACUCUCCAAAUUUGAAUUCAUCUUGUCUGCAACACUCAUUCUGUAGACUGCAUCAACUGCAGAACCUUUGCACAGUCUAUUGCCCAAACUCAAAUGACUGUUAUUUAAUCAAUUUAAAUGCAAAUAAUCAAAGUCCUGUUUCUCCCCAUUGAAGGCCUCAGUGUAAGUAGGUAUACUCGGACCCUUUAUACAACACAACAGGUCCAUCACUGCAUGUAUUCUGAAUGACUGGUAUACAUCACAGGCUUAAUCAUAGAGAUGACAAAGUUGAAGGCAUUCCCAAUUUAUAAGCCUACUGAUUGACUUCAAAAAUUGUAUAGUUUGAACAUGUACAUGUACCUCGACUUGUAUUAAACAUGUAUCCUUCAUGAUGAUUAAAGGACAAGUCCACCUCAACAAAAAGUUUAUUUGCAUUUUUAAAAAAAUUCAAUAAGAAUAACACUGAAAAUUUCAUCAAAAUCAUUCUGAUGUAAAAUAAGAAAGUUAUGACAUUUCAAAGUUUCGCUUAAUUUCACAAAACAGUCGUAUGCACAUCCUGGUCUUUAUGCAGAUGAGGGGACUGAUGACAUCACUCACUAUUUCUUUUUUAAAUGUAUAUCAUUGUUCGAAAUAUGAAAUAUUUUAAUUUAUUCCUCAUUCAUUGUCAUGUGAAAUAAAGUUUUAUUGCUCCCUGAACAUGUGGAAUUAAUAUUUUUAACAUUUUGUGGUUGUCAAGUUAUUGUCAAACCUGUUAAAAAAUGAAAUAUUGUAUAAUCCAAACAAAAAACAAAAGAAAAAGUGAGUGAGGAACAUCAUCAACUCUCUCAUUUGCAUAUCACUGAGAUGUGCAUAUAACUAUUUUUUGAAUAAUAAGCGAAACUUUAAAAAUGUCAUAACUUUCAUAUUUUACAUCAGACUUUGAUGAAAUUUUCAGUGUUGUGCGUGUUUGAUUUUUCUCUAUUUAUUCAAAUCAACAUUUUUCUGGGGUGGACUUGACCUUUAACUGGUAGGUACUUAAACGGUCUCUUCUAUUUAUCUGAAUUGAAGAAAUGCAACUCAUUUGUUUUUUCUGCACAAAAUUUUAAUUCAAUUAGUUUUGUACAUUUUUAGCCUUGAAGUCGACAUUGUGUGGUAUUUGCAUGGAUUAGACCAAAAACACAAUAUGAAAAGUUAUUUUUUAGAAACAAGGAAAUCAGGAAAAGUACAAACGAAGACCUGCAAAUAUGAAAUGAAGGUGUUUAUUUUUUUGGAUAUGAUAGUUAAAAGGUGAAAAUGUUAGAGUUGUUUUAUGCCUAUAUCAGUAUUGGAAGAAGAGGUUUGAAUAAUUCAUAUUUUGUCAUACUCUACACAGAACACUUUUGUGAUAUAAUCAAAUCAUAGGUUGAGCAAAUGGAUUCUGAUUAAAAAUUAUGAAAAAUAUACAUGAUAGAAAAAUGUAAGGAUUGUUUUACUAUGGAACAUGAUGUACUGAAUAAAACAAGGAAAGCCCUCAAAUGGGGAGCAUUUAAA